AUGACCGCCGCAGAAACAAGUGUCACCACACAUCCGGAGGUGCAGCUCCUGGCCGCGCUGGGUUUUUACGCAGUGGGGAGCUUCCUGGAGGUGGUGGGGGACGGCACCGGCCUCAGCAAAUCAUCGGUUUCACGGAGUGUGGCAGCCAUGACACCGAUCCUCCUGCGCAAUGCCCGGACACACAUCCGAAUGCCCACCACACAGGACGAGGUCCGCCAGGUCCACAGUGGAUUUCAUGCCAUGGCUGGGAUCCCCCGGGUAAUUGGUGUCGUGGAUGGCACACUGAUCCCAAUCCUUCCCUGGUGGAUCUGUGCUGGAUUGGGAGGAAACAUUACGCUGCCAUCAACACCCAGGUGGCAGUGGACCACGAUGGCCUCAUCACGGACAUCGUUGCCAGGUGGCACACACAACAGCUUUGUGUGGGCCAACUCAGCUGUGGGGCAGAAGGCUGGCAGAGGAGAGUUCGGCAGGAGCAUCUUCCUCGGGGACAGUGGCUACCCUCUCCGGAGUUACCUCGUGACACCGAUGAUCAACCCAGCAACACCACAGGAGGAGAGGUUCAAUGAGGCCCACACACACACCAGGACCCACAUUGAACGGGUGUUUGGCAGGUGGAAGUGUCGUUACCGGUGUAUCCAUCGUUCGUCGGGGGGGCUGCGCUUGUCACCUGUGAAAUGUUGCCGCGGGAUUGUUGUCACAGCCAUGCUGCACAACAUAGCAGUGUGCGUUGGAGCAGAUGAGCCGCCUCCUGUGGAUGAAGAUGGGGAAUCAUCGGAAGACGAAGCCCCCAACCUCGCCCCCCGCGAAUCCCGAGCAGCACUCCACCAAGCUGGUGUCCAGACCAGAGAGGAGCUUUUCAAUUUCUUUUGA